CGAAAUAUAUCAGUCCGCAAGUCUUCGCAUGCAAGUGUACGCUCGUCGCACAGCGUUAUGACGGUAUCAAUACUCCUGCUGUCCUUACUUUGUAAUUUUGGUUUAUCAUUGGCUAUCAGAGACUAUGGUAUUGUCUAUCCAACCUUGUUUAGCGCACGAGGAUCUGGCGAAGAUAAAGUUUUGAGAAUAAACGAGCAUAUGACUCUCAAUCUGAAAAAGAGCAAAGUAUUCUCUGACGACUUCAUGUUCAUAUCUGAAGAAAAUGGUGAACGAAUACAUCUCCCUAUGCGGAAAGACAUUUACGAGAAAGAUUUGUAUCAUGACGCGGAACUGAUGGCUUCACUUAUGGUUCGAACAGAUGACGGUGUCAGCGUGGAAGGCUUACUCAAUGACACUAUGCGCAUAAAGCCUCUGUUGGGAAUGGCGCGGUCUUCAGAUGGUCGCAUUCCUCAUAAAUUGUAUCAAACGCAACUCCUGAACCCGCAUACGCCUCCGCAACAUAAAGACUACCAACCGGCGAACAUAACUGCAACGGCAGGUGGGCUCGAGGCUUUUAUAGAGGAGAGAAGCACACGCAAUACAUACUACCCCGAAAUACACAUAGUGCAAGACUACGCCCACGCUAAAGCGUUUGGAUUCAAGAAGGCUGAUGUCAUUGUCUACUUCGCAAUUUUCUUCAACGCCGUAAAUGUCAGAUAUGCGUUGAACAAGUCACCCAGGAUACAGCUCCGAAUUGCAGCGAUUACUAUGUCAAGAAAGGUUGAGCAAUAUCUCGUUUAUGCAGGGCAGAACCGGUAUCAAAUUUUAGACGUAGAGACACUUGCACAAUUCAAUUCAUAUUAUCAAUCAAAAGCUGAGUUCGUUUCCACUGACUUGACAUUUCUCAUCACCGGGCUAGACAUGACCUUCUAUGAAAACGGACAACUCCAGACUUGGGUCGGAGGGUAUACGUAUAUUGGAGGUUUUUGCCAAGCGAGCAAAGUAGGCAUGAGUGAAGACCCUCCUGGGAGCUACUAUGGUGUAUCGGUGUUUGCACACGAAAUUGGACACUCCCUAGGUUGCGUUCACGAUGGAGACGCAGGAGUGUCAGAGUUGCCCGGACACAAAGGUUCUGCGAGCUGCUCUUGGCAAGAUGGUUAUAUGAUGAGCUACGAGAAAAAAAAUAAGAACCAGUACAAGUUUUCGCCAUGUUGCAUCUCUGAUAUAAUGAACUUGCUAAGACAACCUGCGUGGAGAUGUCUCGAGAAAAGGCAACGUAAACCUAUCAAACGUCCAGGUCUCCCCGGCCAGUACAUUUCGGGCAAUGACUACUGCAGAAGAUGCUACUCAAAUAUACCCGACAUGCGGUACAAUAAGAACUAUGGCAUCGUAGACUGCAAGAUACGCUGCGAAGACGCCAAGGAUUAUUACCUAAUUGGCGUGCCCGACGGCGUUCCAUGUGAUUCGAACCGAAAAGGAAGCCGGCGCUGUGUUCUUGGAGAAUGCGUCAAAAGCAAGGAGAAGUGACGUAUCAGAAAAACCAUUAAUGUGUAUUCUCAGUUCUAAUUUAACGUUCGCUUUCAAUAUUACCUAAAGGUUAUGCAAUGGCAAUAUUGUACAAGAAAUAACUACUUUCAAUUCCCAUUUUAAUGAUUCUUCGCAAAAAUAAAGAUGUAUUUUCAGCCAA